AUGGCGGACCCAGAAAGAUUCCAUAGAUGGGGAAGAUUCAACAGAUGGGGCUUCGUCUUUCUCUUUUGCAGCCUUGGGGCGAUUCGCACCAUCAAUUGUCUUGCGAUCGAAAGAGAAGAACCUGCUCAUUCAAAAGAUCAGACAUACUGGGCGUCUUCCUCAUCGAACCCUCCACACGAAGGAGAUUAUAGACGCGGAGACGAACGGCAGAGAGGAAACGAUAACGAAGAUCUGAAUUCCAAGGUGUGUUCGUCAUCGAACCCUACAGGAGAUUUUGAAGGCAGAGACGAACAACAGAGAGGAAAUAUCAACGAGGAUCUGAAUUCCAAGGCGUCUUCCUUAUCGGCCCCUCCACAUGAAGGAGAUUAUGAAGGUGGAGACGAACAGAUGAAAGGAAAUGACAACAGAGAUCUGAAUUCCAACGCGUCUUCCUCAUCGAACCCCCCGCAUGGAGGAGAUUAUGAAGGCGGACACGAACAGCAGAGAGGGAACAACUACGAAGUGUUCUUAAGCUUUAGCGGAAAGGACACUCGCAAAGGCUUCACUAGUUAUCUAUAUACUCGCCUUUUCAAUGCAGGAAUUCUAGUGUUCAUGGACAAAAAUAAUCUCCCUGUUGGUGAGGGGUUUGGCCCGGAGCUCAUCCGCACUAUUACGCGAUCUAAGAUCUUGAUCCCGAUUAUAUCCGAGAACUAUACGUUCAGCAAAUGGUGCCUUCGGGAGUUGGUUCAUAUGUUGAAGUGCAGGAGAAGCGGAGGGCAAAAAAUGGUGCCCAUAUUUUACAAAGUGAAACCUGCGCAGGUGCGAUAUCUUAAAGGGAGAUUGAGAGAUGCAUUCAUUGCACGUAAUGAAAGCGUGGACGGAAUAGAUUUCAAGGAAUGGGAAGAUGCGCUCGAAGAGGUCAGUAAACUGGAAGCACUGGAAUCGGAAGAAAUUGAUAAUGGCCACGAGGGAACACUGGUUGAAAUGAUUUUUCAAAAAGUUAUGCUCGAUUUAAAAAGACUUUUUCAAGUAAAUGUUCCCGAACAAUUAGUGGGAAUUGAUGAUCGUGUGGAACAAAUUAUGGGAUUGAUAGAUGAUGGAUUCAAUCGUACGAGGAUAAUUGGAAUUUAUGGAAUGGGUGGCAUCGGUAAAACAACUCUUGCAAAGGUAUUAUGCAAUAGACUCUCCAGUCGUUUGCACUAUCGUAGCUUCGUGGCGGAUAUUCGAGAAACAUCUCAGCGCAAGGGUAUUUGCUAUGUACAAGAUCAACUCAUUUCUGGCCCGAUAGAAAAUUUUGAUGGUGUGACUAAUGUUUAUGAGGGAAUUGGUAUCAUCAAAUCUCUAGUUAAAAAUAAGAAUGUCCUCAUUCUUUUUGAUGAUAUGGAUGAUGAUACACACUUGAAUGCUUUGGUCGGAGAUGGUAGUUGGUAUUCAGCAGGAAGUGUAAUCAUCAUCACGACUAGAAACAAGAAUAUUCUUGACAAGAUUGAGGCAAGCCCCAUGUAUCAAGUCGACGAGUUGCCUUUGGAUGCAUCAUUGAUUCUAUUUAGCAGACAUGCAUUUCGAAAGGAUUCUCCUCCGAGUGAUUAUGAGAUUAUCUCUCGUGAUAUCGUAUCUAGUACGGCAGGGCUUCCCUUAGCUCUCGAAGUUAUAGGUGCAUUCUUGUGCGGAAAGAAAAUGGAAGUAUGGAAAAGUACAUCAAAGAAAUUAAAGGAAAUCCCUGAUACGAGAGUGAAGGAGAGGUUGAAGAUAAGUUACGAUGGAUUGGAUUUUGAGGACCAACAAAUAUUUUUGGAUAUUGCAUGUUUUUUUAUUGGAUCAUCUCAACAAAUGCCAACGUAUAUGUGGGAUGCUUGCGGUUUUUUUCCUGGAAAGGGGAUCGAAGUAUUGAGACUGAUGUCUCUAAUUAAAAUUGAUAAAGACGGCAAGCUAUGGAUGCAUGAUCAAUUGAGAGAUCUGGGAAGGGAUAUUGUUCGUCUAGAAAAUCCAGAUGAGCCUCAAAAGCGCAGCAGAUUAUGGAAUCAUGAGGAAGUUGUAGAAGUGCUUGAUAGAAACCAGGGCACCAGUAUGAUUAAGGCCCUUCGUCUUGAGAAGUAUGACCAACGAAGCUACACAAGUGAACAAUUUCAAAAACUAACCAACUUGAGAUUCCUUCAACUGAACGGUGCGAGUCUCAUUGGAGAUUUCCAUAAUUUACUUCCUCAAUUGAGAUGGCUUUGGUGGGAGAGUUGUCCCUCAGACUUUGCAGCGGCCAAUUUUUAUCCAAAGAAAUUAGUCAUACUCGAUUUGUCAAGGGGUAUGUUUUCGGAUGAUUGGGGAGGAUGGGCUCUACUCAAGAUGGCAACCAAUCUCAAAGUUCUCCGCCUCUCGUAUUGUGAGUUUUUAAGAAGAACUCCCGACUUGUCGACUUUAAAAAGCUUGGAGAUUUUGAAUCUUGAAGGAAUGCCAGACCUGACAGAGAUUCUUUCUUCUCUCAAGGACAUCAAGACCUUCAUCUCCUUGAAUCUCAAAUUUUAUGCAAAGAUCAAAUUUCCACCGGCGGGAGGAGACAGAAUGAAAGAAGAGGUGGAGUUUCUAUUUUAUAGUGCUAUCAUUCAAAGGAUUCCUCCUGCGGAAGGUUGUUCGAUAAGGCUGAAGACUCCAGGUGCCACGUAUUAUGAAAGACUUGAUCGACUUCCGGAAUCCAUGAACUAUCUCGUGUCAUUAACUGAGUUGAACCGAAAUUUUUAUCUGAUAGAAAGGAUACCCAGCUCCACAGGCCUUCUUUUACCGCCAAUGCUGUUCUCAUUUGAUGGAUCCUGGCUGUUGGGACAACUCCCCGACUGGAUGAUCCGUCGGCAUCAUUGA